UUCUUUCCAAGCCCAGUACUGUUCGUAAUUUCGAGCGCGCACGCAGCUCUUAGGAUUAUUCUCUUCAUUCUCCCUCUUAUUUUUGGUUUAGCUUCGACAACCGCAACGACGGCGAAUGUUAGCGUUAAAAAUUCAGUGUGGUUCGUGAAGAUGUGCUGAUUGUUUAAUUUAAUUUAAUUUAGUGAAAACGAUUUUCUGGAACACCCCGAUUAGAGUUGCAGAGAUGGUUCUGUUUCGGCAUUCGGAAUCAGCGCACGCGCUUUCAUCAUCCGAGGGUGCUACAGAGGGUGUGACUCCUCAAAGGGCAUCAGCUGAAUCUCAAAAAUUAAGUUUAAUGACUCAAGGAAAAAAUGGAUCUUGCGAGGAAUUUCAGUUCAAUAAAGAUUUGAGGAGUUGGAACGGGACGAUAUCGCAAAGAUGGCGAAAAUUGCGGCGAUGCUGUUCGUCUUUAAGGUCCCCUAGUACUCCAGCACCUCCAGAACCAUGCAGAGAUUCACUUUUAGAUGAUACUCACAGCUCUCCAAUUCUAGUCAGUCUUCCCCAAAUAAGCACAUCAUUGCGAAUUCCAAAUUCUACGAAAAAAAGUAGCGUCCAAGAAGUUAUAAGAUCGAAAUUGAACCGUAUACAUGUGGGCCUAAGAAAGAGACGCGCAGUUUCCGUCCACGAAGUUUUCAACAGCCCAACUCACGAUCAACAACCGACGUUUUACGUUCCAUCGCCGAACGAUAAAAAAGAAAGAGGUAGACAACGAACUAGAGAUUUGCCUAAGACUGUUACCAAAGAUCAUGGUUACCAUAGCUAUGAAGGAAACGAAGCCGAUAAAGCCCCAUUUGAACCGGAACCGGAUUACGAUGACGAUACUUGGUGCUCCAACCAAACUGGAAACUCGAGGAGGUGGUCCGUUGUUGAAGGUUUAGUUAGCUAUCAUUAUCAAAACCGGACCAAAACUCCCGUUGAUUCGGGAUCGAGUUCCGUCCCUUACGAAUUCGAGCCAAAACACCAAAACCAAAAAAUUCCACAACGAGACGACGUCAAAAAUAAAAUACCAAAGGCUAGGUUAAUGAAACAUCCAGAAAGAGCGAGGUCACAAUCGCCGGCCAAAAAUAAAAGCUAUUCCACCCCUUUGAAAAAUGUUUCUCCAGAAAAUAAAAAGGAACGUAAUUGCAAAAAUGGUCAAAACGUAGAUCUGAAUAAAAGUUUUAAUCAGAGUUAUCUAGAAGAACUAGAAGAAGAAAACGAGGAAGAAGAAGAGGAGGAAGAAAGCAAAUUUUGCACGCUACCAAGAGGAGGUGGUGUUGCCUUUACCAUAAAACAAGUUGUCUUCCAAAAAGGGCCCGGUUUAAAAGCCCUUGGUUUUAGCGUUGUGGGAGGAAGGGAUUCUCCAAGAGGCAGCAUGGGAAUUUAUGUCAAAACAAUUUUCCCCAACGGUCAAGCAGCAGAUUGUGGAUAUUUAAAAGAAGGUGAUGAAAUAUUGGCUGUAAACGGUAAACCAUUACCAGGAAUGUCACAUCAAGAAGCUAUAACAGUCUUCAAACAGAUAAAGGUGGGUCAAGUGAUUCUGCAUAUUGGCAGAAGGGUGCAACGCAAGAAGCGGGAAAGGCUCCCCCUGGCGGUGUGAGCUCUUCACGUUGGAGAGUAUUUACAUUCCUGUCAAUACAUUCUAUUCCAAAGAUACUUGUAAUAACUAUAUAAUAAAUAUAUUUAAAAUAAAUAACGAAAAAUGAAUAUUA